AUGAAUAAAGAAGAACUAUUAAACAAAAUAGAUUAUUUAUAUAAUGAAAUAAAUAAUAGAUAUAACCUACGCAAAGAAAAGAAUUCUUCAAAUAAAGAUGUUGGUAAUAGAAUGUUAGUUUGUAUUGCAGGACCACCAGCCGCAGGAAAGUCAACCAUCUCUGUGAGAUUAUGUGAGAAACUUCAAAGUAGUGGUCUAAAAACUGUAGUUGUACCGAUGGAUGGCUACCAUCUAGAUAAUUGCAUAUUAAAAGAACGAUCAUUACUUCACCGUAAAGGAUCACCACCAACCUUUGAUGUCAUUGGUUUUAAAACAAUAUUGGAUCGUCUAUCUAAACAACAACAACAACAACCACAACAGCAAAGCAAUAAUAAUAAUAAUAAUAAUAAUAAUAGUGAUGAUGAUGAUGAUGAUUUAGAAUAUAAUGAAAUAAUAAUACCUACUUUCGAUCGUGAGUUGGAUAUAUCUAGAGCUGGUGCAGCUGUUGUCGAUCGAUCAAUAGAGAUCCUAUUGAUCGAAGGAAACUAUUUGCUACUCGAUGUAUCACCUUGGAAUAGAUUACAUCGAUUUUUCGACUUUACAAUAUUCAUUGACGCAGAUCGAUCUACACUAGAACAACGACUCAUUCAACGAUGGUUAGAUCACCAACACGAUCAUGAAUCAGCUGUGAAACGAGCAAAGUCAAACGAUAUUCCAAAUGCAAUCUACACAUUAGAUCAUUCAAUAAAACCUGAUAUUAAAAUAAUAAAUAAUUAA